ACUUUCCUGGUCGUCUCAUUUCUCCUCUCCUUCUUCAGUCGUCACCUCACUUCAGUCUCACUCACACUUCCCCUUUCCCUUUAACUUUGACCUUUCUGUAAAGAACUGAAAGAGAUUCCGUGUGCGCGUCCAAAACGUAACCCAUCACUUAACAUUCAAUUCAGUAGUUCCCACUUGUUUGAAUCUCCUUAUAUACUUCACAGAGCCCCAAAAUCAUGAACCUCAAACCAACCCAAAUCACGUAAUGGACAUCUUCAAAUUAUGGACUUCAGAUUCUUCGUCACUUGACCUGCCGGGGAAGUCUUCGACCUCUUACGCCACCGCCACCUCCACUGCCACCGCCACCUCCACCGCCACCGCCUGCUUCGACGAAGAUGUCUUAUUAGCUUCAAGUCUCCCGAAACGACGUGCGGGGAGGAAAAAGUUCAGGGAAACCCGACACCCGGUAUACAGGGGAGUUCGGCGGAGGAACUCUGAUAGGUGGGUUUCUGAGGUGAGAGAGCCCAAGAAGAAAUCCAGGAUUUGGCUUGGUACGUUUCCCACAGCGGAAAUGGCUGCAAGGGCUCACGAUGUUGCUGCAAUGGCACUCAGGGGGCGCUCUGCCUGUCUCAAUUUCGCUGAUUCUGCAUUGCGGUUAAGGCUGCCGGAAACAGCCGAUGCAAAGGAUAUACAGAGAGCGGCGGCUGAGGCUGCCGAGGAGUUUCGACCUGCGGGAACUGAGGAAAUGUGUUGUAAUGAAACGAGGGUGGAGGAGAAUGAGACGACUUCACCAACAACCUUGUUUCUCAUGGAUGAAGAUGAGGUCGUCUCUGGAAUGCCCAGACUGCUUGAAGACAUGGCAUUAUUCUCCCCAACUCAUCUUGGAGGUGGCUUCUAUUGGGACGACAUGGAAUUUGAUGCUGACAUGGACUUAUGGAGUCGCUCCAUUUGAAGAAGAAAAAAAAAACUACAAAUUUUAUCAUAUGGAAUAAAUUUGGGAUUUGGGAUUUAUAUAACAUUGGGUUUUUAUUUUA